CGGUUGAGACUCAACCACUUUCCUUGUUGAGCCUGCGGCGGCCGAAGCCGAGACAAACGUCUUCAUAGAUGGAUUUUAGGGUAUAGCGAAAAAAAGAACGCGGGCGAGCUUUUUCAAUUAAUUAUGUUUUCCAAAGGCAAAAGCUCCGUUGUGCCAUCGGAUAACCAGGCACGCGAAAAGUUAGCCUUGUACGUCUACGAGUACUUGUUACACAUAGGAGCACAGAAGUCGGCACAGACAUUUCUGUCAGAGAUCAGAUGGGAGAAGAAUAUCACACUAGGGGAACCUCCAGGAUUUCUUCACUCAUGGUGGUGUGUUUUCUGGGACUUGUACUGUGCAGCUCCUGAGAGAAGAGAAAACUGUGAACACUCGAGUGAAGCAAAGGCCUUUCAUGACUAUAGUGCAGCAGCCGCCCCCAGCCCAGUCUUGGGCAACAUGCCUCCAGGAGAGGGCAUGCCAGGGGGACCGAUGCCACCGGGAUUCUUUCAGGGACCCCCUGGCUCCCAGGCGUCUCCUCACGCUCAGCCUCCCCCUCCUAGCGGUAUGAUGGGACCCCACGGACAGUCGUUCAUGUCGCCACGCUUUCCUGGAGGCCCAAGAGGCCCACCCAUCCGCAUGGGCAACCAGCCUCCCGGAGGUGUUCCUACUGCCCAGCCCAUGCUCCCAAACAUGGACCCCAUGCGAAUGCAAGGAGUACCAAUGCAGAGGAUGAACAAUCCCAGAGGAAUGGGCCCAAUGGGCCCAGGACCCCAGAACUUUGGCGGCGGCAUGAGACCUCCACACAACGCUAUGGGCCCGGGCAUGCCAGGAAUGAACAUGGGACCAGGAGGUGGACGACCACCAUGGCCCAACCCAAACAAUAACAACAAUAUGCCUUACUCAUCGCCCUCUCCUGGCAACUAUGGGGGACCCCCUGGUGGAGGAGGGCCUCCUGGAACUCCCAUAGUGCCCAGCCCCGCAGACUCCAAUAAUUCCAGUGAAAACCUGUAUACUAUGGUUAACUCUGGACCAGGAAACAGAUCGAACGUAAGUUCGAGUUAUACACAAUACCGGUUUCCAAUAGGCCCAGGCUCUGAUGGUCCACUAGGAGCCAUGGCAGGAAUGGAUCCCCUUCACCUGAACGGAGGAUCUGGAGAUUUGGAUGGUCUACCCAAGAAUUCACCAAACAAUUUAAGUGGCAUGAGCAAUCCAUCCGGAACUCCGCGAGAUGAUGAUGUAGGAGGCAGCUACCUUCAUUCCUUCCAGAGCGAGAGUCAGUACUCCCCCUCCAUGACGAUGAGUGUGUGAUGACUUGUCCACCCUGCCUUGGGAAAUGCAUAAUUUGACCGCCAUACGUAAAUACUGGACAUGACCAAAUACAACUGCCGUAGGCCCCAAAUUUUUUGUUACGUUCAGCGUUUUUUGGGGAGUUAUCAAAUUUUUUUUUUUCUGAAAAGGACUUUGCCAUAAAGCUACGAACUUUCCUAAUGUGAUGACCAGUUUCUUGACUUUUUUUUUUUUUUUUUUUUUUUUUGGUCUGACGUUCCACCUACCAAGUAUACUUACGGGGGUGUCGGCAAGUAUUCUCCACUGCGACGUCUACAGUUGGAUGCAUGUUAAUGUUUUUUUUUUUUCCCCCCAUCACUGUUUUUUUAUUUUAAUUCAGCCCAGAAUCCCCACUUCCCUGAUAUUGCCUACUUGUCAUUGCCGGACUACAGCAUGGGGUAAAGUGGACUAACUUCAAAAUCCGGAAUUGCUAAUAUGUGGCCUUCAACUGUGUGAUUAUAUAUAGUUCAUUCGCUUUUAAUUAUUUUAUGUUUUAACUCUCCAACAUGAUAAAGAGAACAAAAUGUCAGAGUGACCGAAUAACACGUUUCAAUAGAAGCAAUUACCGUUGUAAAUGGUUUUUAUUCUAUAUAGAUAUUUUUAUCUUCAAGAAAUCUUCCAUGCUGAUAAGGAUCACACACCAUCUGAGAAGUUCCCAUGUCUUGUCCUCUGCACUGAUUUUAGCUUAACGUUUUAUGACUUUUUAUGAGGUAUAUGACUGCUGUGUCGUAAGGAGAUCCCAAACUCUUUGGAAACUACAGAGUAUUGCCCUCCCUGCCCGGUCUGCAAGUGUACUACCUAGAAAUCGCCCCCACCCCCCCAAACUUGGUCCAGUCAGCUGCUGGUGUAGUGGGCGGCUCUCUGAGCCCACGCCAGUUCACUCCUCAGGUCUGCGAAUCAUCGUCCUCUGCAUAGGCGUGUGUGUGUGUGUGUGUGUGUGUGUGUGUGUUUGCGUGUGUGUGUGUGUGUGUGUGUGCGCGUGCGUGAGUCUCUCCGCCCGCACCAGGUUCCUUGCACGUUGUAGCCACUCCAUUUCUUGUAUUGUUAGUGCAGUUGGAAGCUGAUUAUUUAGACCGUUUAUGCCCCGAUCAUCUCCUUUGAACACCUUUUGAAGUUAGCAGUAGCUCUGUAAUCUGUCAGUAAAUGAAGACUUUUUGAGACAUUAAUUGAAAUCUUUCUGCCAUACUUUUCUUAUUUCCACUUGGAACGCUUCAUCCAACAUCCACAAAUAUAGUAUAGGAUAUUUUUUAAUUUAUUAUAUUUAUGUGAACAAUUGAUAAUGCAGAUGACUCCUUUUUGUUUUACUUGUUGUUGGAUUGUCCCUGUUAAACCUGGUUUAGGGGAAAGGCCUGUGUGUAUAUAAUUUUAUGACUAAAUUAUAUGUCUCCUUUCACAUGGGUAUAUAUUUUUUUCUUUCUUUCCUUCUUUUUUUGCCUUUUUUUCUGCUGGACGGUCACUGCAUGCUUUAGCAAUGAGAUGCGUACAGUAGUAGUAGAAAAAAAAAAAACUCUUCCUGAGCCAGGGCAGACCGUACAGAUGUCCUUUAGAUGUAGACUUAAAAGGGGAAUUCUGUAUUUUCCAGUUUGCAUUAUGAGUUGUUGUAUAGAUUCUUUGUCACGAAACAUCAAAAGUGAGAUCUUACAAUAACGCCUAUGAUUGUGAAGGUCCUGUAGGACGACCCAGAAAGCAGCUGGCUUUGGAACCGGAUCCACGUUGCAUGGCCUGUGCUAGGCUUAGCUGUGGUCUAGGGAAACAGAACAUUGGAUAGAACCAGGGCACAGCAGAACAAGUCAUAAUGCUAUUUUAAAUGGGACCUGGGUUUUAAGUGGUAAUGAAAACAGACAGCGCAUUUUAUGUUUAUUAUUAUUAUUAUUAUUUUUUUUGUUGUUGCUUUUGAACUGUGUCCUCUCUUUGCAAUACUGUGCACUGUUCCUGAUUCUAAUGUUUAUUGAACGUAAAAGUAUCUAAACCAUUAUUAAACCCAUUUCUACAGCA